AUGAAUGAAAACUAGCACAAAUAUAUUUAGAUAUUUAGAACCAAUGAAUCUAAGAAUGAUAAUUCUAUAAUUAAAUAGUUAAGAAAAUCUAUUGUAAAAAAAUAACUUCCUCUUUUAACAGAUGCUCAAAAUACUUAACCUUCCUCAAACAUUUAAAUAGCAACUUAAAGAAGCGAAAUGUAAAGAUCUGGUAAGAUAUUUGUGUAGAAGAAAAAUAAAUUAGAGAGCAAUAGAAUUUAAAGAGAAAGAGAAUGCUAGAGUAUUUAUUAAACAAUUGUAAACUAAAAAGUUACCUAAAAAUAUACUCUUAUUGAACUAUUUAAAAAUUUUAUAGAAAAUUUCACUCAAAUAAUCAAUAUCAAAAAUGAGAAGUAUGCUCUCAAUAUAAUUUUGAAGCUUAUAUAAAGCAUACCUAAAAUCUAGGAUGUUUUAGAUAUUCACAAAAGCAAAUUUUAAGGAAUUACAGCUGAUUAAAUGAUAAAAUAAUUGAUCCAUCAUUGGUUAGACCAAUCAAUAUUUUAAGAUUAUAGAAAAUUUAAGUUGGAUCCAAUUUAUAUAACUUCAGUUGAUGAAAUUAAUAAAAAGUUUGAAGAAACCUUAUUAAAUCUCUAUGAUGAAUAAAUUAAUUAAUUUUCAAAUAGAAUGAUAAACUAAAUCUUUUCAUUAAAGUAAAGAUAGUUAAAUUUAUUAUAGAGAAAAAUAAUUUUAUAUUGAAGGAUAAGUGAAACUAUCAAAUAGAGGAAACUAAUAAUUAUAUUAGAAAACAUUAUAGUUAAUAGAUCGCAAACCUAAUUACAGAGCAUUAACUUCUGAUGUAGUUGAACGGUUAUAGAUUUAAGAAGAAAAACUAGGAAAAUUUGAUUUAAUACAAAACAAAGAAAGAAGAAAGCAAAUGAGUUUAAACCUAUUUGUUUAAAAAAUAAGAGCAAACUCUAAAUAUAUUGAUUAGUGA